AUGACACAGAUCGACACUGGCAUCCCCAGCUGUAGGGGAUGUAUGACACAGAUCGACACUGGCAUCCCCAGCUGUAGGGGAUGUACGACAAAGAUCGAUACUGGCAGCCCCAUCUGUAGUGGAUGUACGACAAAGAUCGAUACCGGCAUCCCCAGCUGUAGGGGAUGUAUGACACAGAUCGAUACUGGCUUCCCCAGCUGUAAGGGAUGUACGACACAGAUCGAUACCGGCAUCCCCAGCUGUAGGGGAUGUAUGACACAGAUUGAUAAUGGCAUCCCGCGCUGUAGGGGAUGUACGACACAGAUCGAUACUGGCAGCCCAAUCUGUAGGGGAUGUAAGACAAAGAUCUAUACCGGCAUCCCCAGCUGUAGGGGAUGUAUGACACAGAUCGAUACUGGCUUCCCAAGCUGUAAGGGAUGUACGACACACAUCGAUACUUGCAUCCCCAGCUGCAGGGGAUGUACGACAAAGAUCGAUACUGGCAUCCCCAGCUGUAGGGGAUGUACGACAAAGAUCGAUACUGGCAUCCCCAGCUGUAGGGGAUGUAUGACACAGAUCGAUACUGGCUUCCCCAGCUGUAAGGGAUGUACGACACAGAUCGAUACCGGCAUCCCCAGCUGUAGGGGAUGUAUGACACAGAUUGAUACUGGCUUUCCCAGCUGUAAAAGGAUGUACGACACAGAUCGAUACUGGCAUCCCCAGCUGUAG